UGCGAGGGAGGGCGGCUGCAGCCGGGAGGCGCAGUCCCCUAUGGCCGCGAGGUGGCGCCAUAGCUGCAGCAGCGCCUGCUGGCCGGGGCAGCCCCAGAUAAGAGUGUGCGGAAAGCGCGGCGGGUCUGAGACGCGACCAGGACGCGGGGAGGACGGACCAGCAGGACAGACCGACCGGGGGCCCGGCGGGCGGAGGGCAGCGCAGCGCAGCCACAUCCCCCCUGGAUCCGCCGUCAGCCGGGCCCGGGGCUUUCGACAUGCCCCCCAGGAGAGUGUGCUGGGCAGACGAUGCUGGACACGAUGGAGGCGCCCGGCCACUCGAGGCAGCUGCUGCUGCAGCUCAACAACCAGCGCACCAAAGGCUUCUUGUGCGACGUGAUCAUCGUGGUGCAGAACGCCCUCUUCCGCGCGCACAAGAACGUGCUGGCGGCCAGCAGCGCCUACCUCAAGUCCCUGGUGGUGCAUGACAACCUGCUAAACCUGGACCAUGACAUGGUGAGCCCGGCCGUGUUCCGCCUGGUGCUUGACUUCAUCUACACCGGCCGCCUGGCUGAUGGGGCAGAGGCAGCGGCAGCCGCAGCGGUGGCCCCGGGGGCCGAGCCGAGCCUGGGCGCCGUGCUGGCCGCCGCCAGCUACCUGCAGAUCCCUGACCUCGUGGCGCUGUGCAAGAAGCGCCUCAAGCGCCACGGCAAGUACUGCCACCUGCGGGGAGGCGGCAGUGGCGGCGGCGGCUAUGCACCCUAUGGGCGGCCGGGCCGGGGCCUGAGGGCCGCGACGCCCGUCAUCCAGGCCUGCUACUCGUCUCCGGCCGGGCCUCCGCCGCCGCCCGCCGCCGAGCCGUCGUCGGGCCCCGAGGCUGCGGUCAAUACACACUGCGCUGAGCUGUACGCCUCGGGCCCGGGCCCGGCCGCUGCCCUCUGCGUCCCGGAGCGCCGCUGCUCCCCACUCUGCGGCCUGGACCUGUCCAAGAAGAGCCCACCCGGUUCUUCGGCUCCCGAGCGGCCGCUGAGUGAGCGCGAGCUGCCCCCGCGCCCCGACAGCCCUCCCAGUGCGGGUCCCACCGCCUACAAGGACCCACCGCUUGGCCUGCCGCCGCUGCCCCCACUGCCCUUUCAGAAGCUGGAGGAGGCCGCACCGACUCCGGACCCGUUUCGUGGCAGCGGCGGCAGCCCGGGACCCGAGCCCCCCGGACGCCCCGACGGGUCCAGCCUUCUCUACCGCUGGAUGAAACACGAACCGGGCCUGGGUAGCUACGGCGACGAACUGGGCCGAGAUCGCGGGUCCUCAGGAGAGCGCUGCGAGGAGCGCGGCGGGGACCCGGCCACAUCGCCCGGGGGGCCACCGCUCGGCCUGGUGCCGCCGCCGCGCUACCCGGGCAGCCUGGACGGACCCGGCACAGGCGGCGAUGGCGACGACUACAAGAGCAGCAGCGAGGAGACUGGCAGUAGUGAGGAUCCUAGCCCACCCGGAGGCCACCUUGAGGGCUACCCAUGCCCGCACCUGGCUUAUGGCGAGCCAGAGAGCUUUGGUGACAACCUGUACGUGUGUAUCCCAUGUGGCAAGGGCUUUCCCAGCUCUGAACAGCUGAACGCGCACGUGGAGGCUCACGUGGAAGAGGAGGAGGCGCUUUAUGGCAGGGCCGAGGCGGCUGAGGUGGCUGCCGGGGCCGCCGGCCUCGGGCCCCCUUAUGGCAGCGGUGGGGACAAGGUUGCUGGGGCUCCAGGCGGUCUGGGAGAGCUGCUGCGGCCGUACCGCUGCGCGUCCUGCGACAAGAGCUACAAGGACCCGGCCACACUGCGGCAGCACGAGAAGACGCACUGGCUGACCCGGCCCUAUCCAUGUACCAUUUGCGGGAAGAAGUUUACGCAGCGCGGAACCAUGACACGCCACAUGCGCAGCCACCUGGGUCUCAAGCCCUUUGCGUGUGACGCGUGUGGCAUGCGCUUCACCCGCCAGUACCGCCUCACCGAGCACAUGCGCAUCCACUCGGGCGAGAAACCCUACGAAUGCCAGGUGUGCGGUGGCAAGUUCGCACAGCAACGCAACCUCAUCAGCCACAUGAAGAUGCACGCCGUAGGUGGCGCAGCCGGUGCAGCCGGGGCGCUGGCAGGCCUAGGGGGACUUCCCGGCGUCCCAGGCCCCGAUGGCAAGGGCAAGCUCGACUUCCCCGAGGGCGUCUUUGCUGUGGCCCGCCUCACGGCUGAACAGUUGAGCCUGAAGCAGCAGGACAAGGCGGCUGCGGCUGAACUGCUGGCGCAGACCACGCACUUCCUGCACGAUCCCAAGGUGGCGCUCGAGAGCCUCUACCCGCUGGCCAAGUUCACUGCGGAGCUGGGCCUCAGCCCAGACAAAGCGGCCGAAGUGCUGAGCCAGGGCGCUCACCUGGCCGCUGGACCCGACGGCCGGACCAUCGACCGUUUCUCUCCCACCUAGAGCGCCCCUCGCCGGCCCGGCCGACCACUGCCUCGCGGCCUGGCUCGUUCUCUUAAGGAAGCGGCGCAGGCAGCGCGCAGGCACCGCUCUCGGGACUAGUAGCAGCGGCAGCCGGCCGCAGUGGCGGCUCCACCUGGCCUCACUGCUUUGUGCCUUAGCCCGGGGGUGGGGGAAAACCCCGGGACGGGGGUGGGUUGGGGGAAGGGAGAUUUAUAUUUUUGAUAUCAGCUUUGACCAAAGGAGACCCCCGGCCUCUCCCUGCCUUUCUGUGGUUCAUUGGCUCCUUCCCCUGGCUCCGUGCUGCUCUUGGGGGAGGGGUGUCACUGUUCGGGCGCUCCUAGCCCUACCUCCGGCCCUUGCGACCACACCUACUCUCACUGUGAAUCUCCCCGCUGGGGUCGGAGCAUUGGGCAGAGUUGGGGAGAGGGAAGGGGACUGAGCCGGCCGGAGGGCCCCUGCCUCCCGCUUCUGCCCGCCCCGGGACUGAUAAUGUGAAGUUCCUCAUUUUGCACAAGUGGCACUAGCCCCAGGGCCCACCCUUCCCUCUGUACCCACCAGGGUAGGGAGUUAUGGAGCCAGGGCUGAGUAGCCUUGGCCUACCUGUCUCCCACUCCGAAGGUGUUCCCCUCCCUUCCCUGGGGCCCCGGAACAUAUUUAUUGCAUGCGCCCCGGAUGGCCCCCAUUCCCAGCCCCUUGGGCUGGGCUGGAACGUGGUCUCCUUAGCUCCCUCCUCUUCGUUUGUAUAUUUCAUACCUGUACACAGGCUCUUCCAGAGCCGUUUCCAUUUUCUAUAUUCGAACCAAACAGCAAUAAAGCAGUAACCAAGG